AUGGCGUGCCAAAUGGCGUCUCACGCGACCGCUGCCUUCGUUAUGCCGGCCGCUGCAGCGCCUUUGAGCCAACCAUCUAGCAGCGUUUCGUUGCCAGCCGCCUUACCCUGCCGCGCACUCUCGUCCCUCAGCUCCACUUCCCCGACUCUUACCUCGCUUUCCCGCCAAUGCGCGCGCCAGACCUCCCGCCCCUCGAGAUCUGCUAGCGCCGCGGCAGUCACUCCCGUCCGUGCGAUGGCGGGCGGCGACGGAUCUGAGCCGUCCGGGCGCAUCAUCCGCGGCAAGUGCUUCGUGCUGGAGGACAACAUCGACACGGAUCAGAUCAUUCCCGCCGAGUAUCUAACGCUCGUGCCGUCCAACCCCGACGAGUACGAGAAGCUCGGGAGCUACGCGAUGGCGGGGCUGCCCGCGAAGCACACGCUGCGGUACGUGCAGAAGGGGCAGAUGAAGACGGAGUACGCCAUCAUCAUCGGUGGGGCUAACUUCGGCUGCGGGUCGUCGCGCGAGCACGCGCCCGUUGCGCUCGGCGCGGCGGGCUGCCGCGCGGUGGUGGCGGAGUCGUACGCGCGGAUUUUCUUCCGUAACUGCGUCGCGACCGGGGAGUUGUACCCGGUUGAGGCGGCGGAGGGACUUGGCGCGAGGCUGUGCGAGGUGAUUAAGUCGGGGGAUGAGCUCUCCCCUCCUGUCCUGUCGCCCUCUCUCUCGCCCCUCCAUUCCCGUCGCGCUCUCUCUCUCCGCGCCCUUCUCGUCGCCCUCUCUCUCGCCCCUCUCAUCUCGUCGCGCUCUCUCUAUCCGCGCCCUUCCCGUCGCCUCCCUUCCCAUCGCGCUCUCUCUCUCCCCUCCCUUCCCGUCGCCCUCUCUCUCGCCCCUCCCUUCCCAUCGCGCUCUCUCUCUCCGCGCCCUUCUCGUCGCCCUCUCUCUCGCCCCUCCCAUCUCGUCGCGCUCUCUCUAUCCGCGCCCUUCCCGUCGCCUCCCUUCCCGCCGCCCUCUCUCUCUCCCCUCCCUUCCCGUCGCCCUCUCUCUCCCCCCUCCCUUCCCAUCGCGCUCUCUCUCUCCGCUCCCUUCCCGUCGCCCUCUCUCUCGCCCCUCCCUUCCCGUCGUGCUCUCUCUCUCCGCGCCCUUCCCGUCGCCCUCUCUCCCGUCGCCCUCUCUCCCAUCGCCCUCGCUCUCUUCUUCGCUUUGUCCCGGCGUUAUAUAUAUGCUUGCCUUCCGGCGAAGUGCUCUUUCGCCUCUCGCGCGAUCGUUACGGUUCCUGUCACUGUCGGCACCACGAAACGCUCUCGAGUAGUCGCCAUCGCGCUCCUCUCUACCCGCGCCAUCGCCCCUCCCUUCCCUUCCCCACGAUAUUGCCAUCACCCUUUCCUUUCGAUCAGCGUACCUUUAUUCCAUCCCGUCUCGUCGCCCUCAAGAACUCCCCUACCUUCGCGUCUUCUUGUUGUUCUCCCAUCCCCUUUCUUCGCCCUCGGUGUCUCCGCUCCCCUCCCGUCUUUCUUCCUCUCUCCGCUCCCCUAA